CCGGAAAUCUCCGCACCACUGCGGGCGCCGACGAGCCCUAACGCGAAGAACAAGAAAGCGGGGCGAUCGCGAUGCAAGAAAUCUUCGGAUCGGUUCGCAGGUCUCUGGUCUUCCGACCAAACCCUAAUGGCGACGAGGCCGCCGAUGGUGGCGGUGGGGUCGGUGGCAUCGCGGAAAAGAUCGGUUUUUGUCUCAGAAAAUCGAGAGUUGGGUUGGGUUUAGGGCUAGGGUUCCUCCACAAGGCCCCACCCUUAACUCCGGGGUCUCCGAUCGCCGCCGAGGACGGCGCCCCUCCCAUCCGGUGGAGGAAGGGCGAACUCAUUGGCUGCGGUGCCUUUGGCCAGGUGUACAUGGGUAUGAAUCUCGAUUCUGGAGAGCUACUCGCCGUGAAACAGGUUUUGAUCGGGAAGAACAAUGCUUCCAGGGAGAAAGCUCAAGCUCAUAUAAGGGAGCUUGAGGAAGAAGUUAAGCUUUUAAAGAAGCUUUCUCACCGGAAUAUUGUUAGAUACUUGGGAACUGUUAGGGAGGAGGAGACCUUAAAUAUUCUCUUGGAAUUUGUGCCAGGUGGAUCAAUUUCAUCACUGCUUGGGAAAUUUGGGUCCUUUCCUGAAGCUGUUAUUAGAAUGUAUACAAAGCAGCUGUUGCAGGGCCUUGAGUAUCUUCAUCAUAAUGGAAUCAUACAUAGGGACAUAAAGGGUGCAAAUAUACUUGUUGAUAACAAUGGGUGCAUUAAACUUGCUGACUUUGGGGCAUCUAAGCAAGUUGCUAAGCUGGCAACCAUCACUGCUGCCAAGUCAAUGAAAGGUACUCCUUAUUGGAUGGCACCAGAAGUGAUUGUUCAAAGUGGGCAUAGCUUCUCUGCUGACAUUUGGAGUGUUGGUUGUACCAUUAUUGAGAUGGCCACUGGCAAGCCUCCUUGGAGCCAGCAAUACCAGGAGGUUGCAGCUUUAUUUCAUGUUGGCACAACAAAGUCACACCCACCAAUUCCAGAGCAUCUUUCUUUAGAGGCCAAGGAUUUUCUUUUGAAAUGCUUACAAGAGGAACCAAAUUUGAGGCCGAGUGCUUCUGAUUUGCUGCAGCAUCCCUUUGUUACAGGGGAAUUUCAUGAUCCGCAUCCAUUAUAUCAUUCUUCAGUUAAGGAACCCUCCAAAACUAUGGUUCCAUCAUCGAAAGUGCAGAUGGAUAGCUUAGGCUUGAACAAUGUGAAGCAUGCAUGUGGCAGUGGCUCCACCAUGAAUCCUGAGAAGGCCUCAACAGUAAGACCUAGCUGGAAGGCAAGUACUGAUGAUGAGAUGUGCCGGUUUGAUGAUGGAGAUGAUUUUCCAGUGGUUGGAUCGAGCUUUAAUCCAAUGUCGGAGCCAUUUGAUGACUGGCCGUGCAAGUUUGACUUCAGUCCAGAACAACGAAUCAUGCACUCAGACGACUUGGGCAUGCCGACUAAUGGUGCUUCUGGUGGUGGUCAGGAAGGGGAAAAUGGUUUUACGUUCCCUUGUGAGCAAGUAUGUGAAGAUGAUGAAGUCACAGAGACAAAAAUUAAGGCUUUCCUGGAUGAGAAGGCCCUUGAUCUGAAGAAGCUGCAGGACCCUUUAUAUGAAGAGUUCUACAACACCUUGAACGCUGCAAAUUCUCAAGGAGUUGGGAGUACAUGCAAGGAAAACAUCAAAAAUAAUUCAAGAUUACCACCCAAAAGCAAGUCAUCACCCAACAAAGUAAUAUAUGGGGCAUCUUCCCCAUGGGCUGAUACCAUGAAGAAAAUUACCCCUGGGAACUGCAGUAGGCGAGUCUCAAGCAGUGGCGAGGAGAAUAAUCAGAUUCCGAGAGAAAUCCCUUCUCCUCAGCUUAACGAGCGGGGGGUAGGUCUUCUUCAAGAUGCUCACCAAGAACCAACCAGCCUAAGCAAUGCAAGCUUUUCCGAGAGACGGAGGAAGUGGAAAGAAGAGUUGGAUCAGGAGCUUGAGAGGGAAAGAGAGGUGAUGCGCCAGGCAGCAGGUCUUGUUGGGAAGAUAUCUCCGAAGGACAGAGGCCUAAAUCAAAAGAGAGACCGCUUGCCACCCACAUCUCCGGCCAAAUAAGUGUACAAACCUACCGACCCUUUUAGCUAAUCUUACUCUGCUGCUCAUCUGGUCAUCGAUCAAUAUAAAACACAUGGUGGCAAAUGCAAAAAGGUUUUCAUCAUUGAUUGGUCCUACUAAUAUGACCUGCCACCCUUGGUACGUGGAAGCAAGAUAUAAUAGCCCUGACGGCUAGCGGUUUUUGCUGGUUUGAGCAUGACCAAAACAAAAAAAAAAAAAAAACAACAUCAUGUUGAUCUGUCGAUCCCCAAAUGUGAUACAAGGAAGGAUGAUGUUAUGUUUGUUUUGCAAAGCAAUCGGCAUGUUAGCAAAUUGAUGUUGUAUCAUGUUUGGCUUGUGCUAAUGCCAUCUGAGAUGCUUGUUACGGGUUCUAAA